CCAAUAAUAAAAUUAAAAAUAUGUGGUUAUAUAGCCAGCAGUAGCACCCAAUUUGUGCUUGACUAUUUGCUUUUGUACGGAAACUAUGUUGCUAAGGAAUCUGAAAAUUUCACAAACAGUUGGUCACCUUGGAGAAGCUUAUCAAGAGUGGGUUCACCAGCCUAUAGUUAACAAGGAAGGACCUCGAUUUUUUGAAAGUGAAUUUUGGGAGUUUCUGACUCGCACAGUUUGGUGGGCAAUUCCAGUCAUUUGGCUCCCAAUUGUAUGCUAUAGUAUCUCAGUAUCAAUCCGGAUGGGCCAUUCUGUUCCUGAGGUGGCAUUGAUUGUAGUUUUUGGAAUUUUUGUAUGGACAUUGAUGGAAUAUACUCUUCAUCGAUUCCUUUUCUAUAUAAAGACGAAGAGCUAUUGGGGAAAUACAGCUUAUUAUCUCCUUCAUGGUUGUCAUCACAAGCAUCCCAUGGAUGGUCUAUGCCUUGUUUUUCCUCCUGCUGUGACAACUAUUCUUUGUGUACCGUUCUGGAAUUUAAUUAAACUCAUCUCGACUCCCUCAACUGCUCCUUCUUUAUUUGGAGGAGGCUUACUGGGCUAUGUCAUGUAUGAUGUAACCCACUACUACUUACAUCAUGGACAACCAACAGGUGCAGUGCCAAGAAAUCUCAAAAUUCGAUUUGGAAGGAAGAGGCUCAAAUACUUGAUUGACUGGAUAUUGGUUAAGAGAUAGGUUCUAAAAAUCAUAACAGGCGCACCGUUGAGGAUCUGUUCACACUCUAGCUGAUUGAUACAGGUGAUCGAGAUCCUCAACUAGUGCACCGUUGAACAUCAGUUUCUACCCAACUUUUGGUGAGACCUCUUAGCAUUCAGAGGAACUCUUGAGUCUUUACUCUUUUGUUAUUAAUUAUUAGUUUGAGAUAGACGUGGAUCUGUCCUGAUACCUAUUUCAGAGUUAGUAUUCUAGAGGCUUCAUAGACUAGUAAAUAGUGUUUAAUUUAAUUCCCUGAGUAUGUUUUGAAACAUUGAGAUAAGUCUCAUACAUUUUAUAUAUUUGAUUUUCAUGAUUA